CUCCACUCGCCUCGUCACGUCCAGAUCGCCACAAGCCAGCCUCAAGCCUCACCUUGCCUUUAGGAACUAGACACUGUCGUCUCUUUGUCCGCAUACAACGAAGCGAAAAACAAAAAUACAAGGGAAAAAACUUCAACAUGGCCGAACAACGGACGGUCCACCAGCCCAUUCACCCCUCCGUCCGCGCCAAGCUGGACCCGGAGUACGUCGCCCUCCACGACGCCGUCAUCCAGUACAUGGAGCCCUCCGAAGCCCGCCCCUGGGACCCGGCCUCGCGCUCGGCGCCGAACCCGCUCGCGCACACGACGCAGAGGCUCUCGCCCGUCGGCGUCACCCGGGACGAGGACCUUGGCGGCGGCGUCCAGGCGCGCGUCUUCGUGCCCGAGGGCACGGCGCCGUCGCCGGAUGGGUGGCCCUGCAUGGUCUGGCUCCACGGCGGCGGCUGGGUCAACGGCGGACUGGACAGCGAGAACGGGUUCCUGACGCACGUAUGCCGAUACGUGCGAUGCGUGGUCGUCACCAUCAACUACCGCCACGCCCCGGAACAUGUCUAUCCCGCCGCCGUCGACGACUGCCUCGCCGGUCUGAAAUGGGUCGUCGACCCGGCGAACGCAACCCGGCUCGGCAUCAACACGAGUCUCGUCACAAUCGCCGGCCUCUCCGCAGGCGGCAACCUCGCCGCGGUCCUGACAAUGAAGGCUGCCCUCGCCAACAUCCGCCCGGCCCCAAUCUCCCAGCUCCUCAUCUGCCCCGUCAUCGACAGCACCGCCACCGCCGAGACGGGCUGGGCGACCACCAAGUACGUCCCCUGGCUGACGCCCGGCCGCAUGUCAUGGUACCAGAACCUCUACUUCCCCCGCCCCGAGGACAAGGCUCGGUGGGACGCCUCGCCCUGCUUCGCGCCGCGGGACGUCCUCGCCCGCAGCCCGAGGACGUGGCUCGCCGUCGCCGAGGUCGACCUGCUCACGCCCGAGGGGCUCGCGUACGCCGCGCAGCUAAAGGACGCCGGGGUCGAGGUCGAGACGGAGGUGUACAAGGGCGCGACGCACUCUGUUCUCGUGCUCGCCGGUGUGCACCAAAUCAGCAGGAAGCUGGUCCACGACGCCUGCGCCGUGCUCGCAAGGGGCUUCGGCUCGACUUAUGAUCCUGCUGCCGCCCCGAUCCUGUCGCAGCAAGAGUAGGUCAACGACUCUUUUUAACGGGCGGUGCGGCCGGCGGUGUUGGUCUCCUCACGUAUCGAACGAUCGAUGAUUCCCGCGAGGUGUUCUUCAUGACGAUGUUUUUUUCUCGUCACCGCAAAGUAGUGCAUAGAACGAAACUUCU